UGGGUCAGUUGUUUGAACAAUAGGGGCGUCAUGCAGUGUUUGAGUCUAUUCAUGUAUAAAAGUACCGGCUUGAAACAGGAUAGGGUAUCAGUUGACCAACCGAUCCCUGGAGGACCUGAGAAACCAACACCGCAAUCAUGAUGGGCAAGAUCACUUUCUACGAGGAGAAGAAUUUCCAGGGUCGCUCCUAUGAGUGCAUGAGCGACUGUGCCGACAUGUCCUCUCACAUGAGCAGGUGCCAGUCCUGCAGGGUGGAGAGUGGCUGCUUCAUGGUCUACGAGAGGAACAACUACAUGGGAAACCAGUACUUCAUGAGGAGGGGAGAGUACCGUGACAUGAACCGCAUGAUGAGCAUGGGAAUGAUGUUUGACAACAUCAGGUCCUGCAGGAUGAUCCCCUAUCACAAAGGCCAGUUCAGGAUGAAGAUCUACGAGAGGGAGAACUUCGGUGGUCAGUCCUAUGAUCUGAUGGACGACUGUGACGACGUCCAGGAUCGUUACCGUAUGUCCGACUGCCAGUCCUGCAACGUGAUGGACGGACACUGGCUGAUGUACGAGCAGCCCCAGUACAGAGGCAGGAUGAUGUACAUGAGGCCCGGAGAGUACAAGAGCUUCAGGGAGAUGAUGAGCGGCCAGAGGUUCAUGAGCAUGAGGCGCAUCACUGACAUGUGUUAGUUUUAUCAUCAAUAAAACAUGAUCUAACUUAAA